AUGUCCUCCCCUCAUCAACAGCCCCUUGUUUUGCCCAAGGUUCGACGCAACGUACCGGGAGGCUCCCAUCAAAGAAACUCAAGUAAAAGUUCUUCUUAUACUCCCAACGUUGCAGCUGCCACACCUAGAAUGCUUCGUAACGCCAGCAGUUCCAAUGCUUUGAUUGACCAGCAACAGCAGUUAAUGGGUGCCGCUGAAUUUUCCGAUUCGCCUAAGCAGCGCCGUAUUCAAAGUGCCUUUGAGUCUCACCCCCCAUCAUUCCAGUCACCAGGCGCACCCCAAAGACGUGUUCAGAGUCAAAUCCAGAGUCUUCAACAUGGUUCUAAACAUGCAGAUCCAUUCAUGGGCUCUAAUGAGUUUCAACAGUAUCAACUGCAACAACAACAGCAUCAACAGCAUCUAUCGCAGCAUCCUCCUACAUCUCCUCCUAUGUAUUCCGCUAAUAAUCCUCCUAGCACACCUCAGCAACGACCCCCUCAUCAACAGCAUGUGCAAUCUCACCCACAGUUUCACCGGAAAUCCAUCGGUGACUGGGAUUUCUGCAAGACCAUUGGCGCAGGUUCAAUGGGUAAGGUCAAAUUGGCGAGGCACAGAGUCACCGGAGAGAUCUGUGCCAUCAAAGUUGUUCCUAGAGCAUCGAAAAUCUGGCAGAGGCAGCAUGUUAAUGAUCCACCUACAGCAGACUCUAAGGAACUUAUUCGAAGAAAGAAAGAGUAUGAAAAAGAACUUGCCAGAGACCGUAGAACUAUUAGAGAGGGUGCAUUGGGAAGAGUCAUGUAUCAUCCUUACAUCUGUCGACUGUAUGAGAUGUUUCCAAUGACAAACCAUUAUUAUAUGGUGUUUGAGUACGUCUCUGGGGGUCAGAUGCUUGAUUAUAUCGUCUCUCACGGCUCCAUGAAAGAGAGACAGGCCAGAAAGUUCUGCAGAGGAAUUGCUUCAGCUUUGGACUAUUGCCAUAAUAAUAAUAUAGUUCAUAGAGACCUAAAGAUUGAGAAUAUCAUGAUUUCCAAAACUGGUGAUGUCAAAAUCAUCGAUUUUGGUUUAUCCAACAUGUUUGAUCGUGAGCAUUUGCUCAAGACCUAUUGUGGAUCUCUUUACUUUGCUGCUCCGGAACUUCUUUCUGCGCAUCCUUACACUGGCCCAGAAGUCGAUGUUUGGUCCUUUGGUGUCGUUUUGUAUGUUUUGGUCUGCGGUAAAGUGCCUUUUGAUGACCAAAGUGUCUCUGCAUUGCAUGAGAAAAUAAAAAGAGGCCGUGUUCAAUACCCUGACACAUUAUCCUACGAGUGCAUAUCCUUGUUGUCCCGGAUGCUUGUCGUGGAUCCACGAAACCGGGCCUCCUUGCAUGAAGUUAUCUCACAUCCAUGGAUGACCAAAGGUUACGGUGGUCCACCUUCCAACUACCUACCUCAUAGAACUCCUUUACAGUCUCCUUUAGAUCCGGAGGUCAUUAAGACUAUUGUCAGUCUGGAUCUGGGUAACUCGGAUCAGCAAGUAUAUCAGGAUUUAAAUGAUAUCUUAGCCUCAGAUCAAUAUCGGCUUGUUGUGAGAAAUUGGUAUUUCAAGGCAUCCCAAGAUGUUCAGUAUGAUUCUUCUCUUAGGGAUCCUACAUAUGGUUAUCAUCCCCUCAUAUCAAUAUACUUCUUGGUGGACGAGAUGAUUCAAAGGAAGAAGGCCGGUAAGAAGGAGAUUCUCCAAGCUCAGCAAGCUCUACCUGCUCACCGCAUUGUGUCUCAACCACUACCCCAUCAGUUUUCUGUGGCCGGAUCUCCAGCUCCACCUGUGUUGGCAUUCCCAGAAGCGGCCUACAAAUCUCCUAGACAAGGGCCUCACCUUGCUUCGGCCACCAGUUCAUUAGAAAAGUCGAAGCAAGCGAAACUUACAGAGCCUACAUCUCCAACACCACCUCAGCAGCAGCAAACUUCCGAGGGUAUCUUUGGUGGUAACUCCUUGCUCCGCCGUCUUAGUACAAAGAUUAGUCGUCAUGAGGAAAAGCCCAUCAUGUUGUCAACUCCUCGAAGUCGUUUGGAUAGUGCUAUUCGUCGUGUUGGAUCUGUCAAGGUCACUUCUCGCGAAAAGCAGCAGGUUCAACGUGAACAUUUACCUCCAUUGCCUCUGACUGCCAAGCAGCAAGUUCAGCAGCAUCAAAGAACCAUUUCUGCAUACACUCCUUCUACGUUUUCGUCUUACAGCCCGAAAGAAAAGGAGUCGAUGCAAUCACAGCUGCAACAGCAGCAAAAAUCAUCUACCAUCCAUCGCUACCAUCCAACUGCGCGUGGCAAGUCUCUUGGACACGGUAGAAAACAGUCGUUCAAUAUUCCUAAGGGUGGCCACUACAAGUUGGAUAAUAGUGCACCUCCUUUGCCUCAAAUCCAGCCUUCAUCGGACGAUGAAGGCUUCUUUGACGAAGUCGAUAUGGAUGAUGUGAACUUCAACGAUGAACAACAGAGGCAGCAGCAGAAACAACUGCAAAGGCUACAAGUUUCGAAGAGAAGGUUGACAGAUGAAGAGAUUAUUCAUCAAUACGAAAAUGCAGCACCUGGGUCUAUGCCUUCUAUAGAGUAUCCUAAGACGUUGUUCUUGAAGGGAUUUUUCUCUGUGCAGACUACAUCCACGAAGCCUCUUCCGAUUAUUCGCUACGAUAUUAUUACCGUAUUACCGGAAUUAGGUGUUAAAUAUACUGAAGUGAAGGGUGGAUUUGUUUGUAUACAUUAUCCAUCAAUUGUGGAGCAUUCUAAGGAUGGAAGGGAGGAGUCUGGUCACCUUGAGGCUGUUACACCUACAAAUACUCGUACUCACUACAACGAUGGUGUAGAUGACGUUGAUGACGAAGAUGCUGCUGAUUCAACUAAUUCGGAAGCUGAAAUGAAGAACGAGGCUACUGUAGUGGACUUCGAAACGAAGAAUUCUGGUGAAAGUGGUGACUCUACACGUGAUAGUACUCCCGUUUCACCAGCUGCUCCUUCAUCUCUUUCUCAUUCUGGCUCGGAACAUUCCGCCAAUUCUAAAGCAGGCAGUGGCGGCAGUGGUGUCAGUAAUCAUAGAAGGAAGUUUUCUCUUGGAACUGCGUUCCUGGGCUACAAGAAAAAGGACUCAAAAGAUGGGACUGAUAGACUCAGUAUUCAAACAAGUCGUUCUUCGUCUGUUGCCCGUCCUGAGCUUAACAUUCCGAAAACUCCAGCACCAGCAAACAUUAACCGCAGGAGCUCCAGAGACUCCGAUAGCUCUGAAUCGAUUACGCUUGAUGAAACUAAUGGUGCCUCCGAUAUGUUGGUCUCUAGUAGGGUCGAGCAGGCUAACAAGGUUCAUAGGACCACCAGUAACAACCAGUCGACUUUUCCUUCAAAGCAUUCUGCAUCCAGGUCUCCUCUUAAGUUUGAGAUUCAUGUAGUCAAAGUCCCUUUGGUUGGUUUAUAUGGUGUGCAGUUCAAGAAAGUCAGCGGUAAUACCUGGCUUUACAAGUCAUUGGCUAGUGAGAUCCUCAAGAGGUUGAAUUUAUGA